AUGAUGAUGUUUCCUGAUGAUGAUACCAAUGAAAAUCUAUCGAAUAUAGGUUCUUCAUCAUCUUUAACAUCAUUUAUGGAUGAUUUUCAUUAUUCACAACCAAAAAUAUCAUCAACUAAUGACUCAUAUUCUCAUCAAUAUUAUCAAUUUUAUGCAAAUUGGCCUGAAACAACAUCAACAAAUCUUUCAAUAAAUUCAUCUAUACAUAAUCAAUCAGUAACAACAGAUCGUAAUGUUAAAGCAAAACCUAAACGACGUCGUAUAGCUAGUUUAGCUCAACGUCGUGCUGCAAACGUUCGAGAACGUAAACGUAUGUUUAGUUUAAAUGAAGCUUUUGAUCAAUUACGUGAAAUAGUUCCGAUAUUUGCAUAUGAAAAAAAAUUAUCACGUAUUGAAACACUUCGUCUUGCAAUUAUUUAUAUUGCAUUUAUGACUGAACUUGUUUUAAGUGGUAAAACAGUUGAUGAAGCUUCACUGAAUGCAAAUGUUGUUUUAAGUCAAUGGACAGAUACAUGUACUUAUCAAAUGAAUUCAUCAUCGAUGUGUGAUGAUACACCAACAAGUUCUGGAAGUGUUCUCGAUCAAAAAAUAACCAACCAAACAAAACUGGCUUAUUAUCCACAAUACGAGGACCUCGGUUCUGUUGCUUCAACUUCACUUCCGUCAGUUACUUAUCAACACCCAUCAGUUUAUUCAAAUUCUAAUACAUGGUUUACUGGAAUAUCCGAUAAUGAACAUAAUCAUAAUCAUCAUCAUCAUCAUCAUACAUCAUCUUCCUCACAUCUUCUAACAUCAUAUCAUUUAAAUAAUGGAGAUUUAGUUUCGGAUGUUUAUCGUUUACCAAUUGAAAAUACAAAUUCAAAUUCAUUUUAUGUACCUUAUCAAACAACAGUAGUUAAUUCCGAUAAUGAUGAAAAUGAUUUAGAAGAUGGUUCUGAUGAUGAUGAUGAUGAUGAUGAUGAUACUGAUUCAACAUAUCAUUUACCAAAACGAAUAAAUAAUAAUUCAAUAAAUAAUAAUAAUAAUAAAAUAACAACAACAGAUCAACGUCGACCAACACGUCCAAAUGGAUCAAAACGAAAGCGAAAACGUGUUUUAAAUGGUGUUCAACGUGCUGAAGCAACACAACGUGAAAAACGACGUAUGCUUAAACUUAAUCGAGCAUUUGAAGAUUUAAGAAAAGUUUUACCAGUAACGGAAUUUGCACGAAAUAAAUUAUCACGUUCAGAAACACUUAAAUCAGCUAUUGAUUAUAUUAAUCUUAUGUUUGAUAUGCUUGAUGCUGCAAAAGGUCAUCAUCAUUCUUCAUCUUGCUUAUAA